AUGGUUCUGGACAUUGUGUCUCUACAGACAGUGGCGGCUGUAACGUUCUUCACAGGCACGAGGAAGUACCCGAAGAUUAUUGGCGUCCUCAGUACCCUGCAGAGAGCCUACCGAGAUCUUCAGUACACAAAAAGAGAGGACAAGACCCGAGUAAAGGUUUUCGUGAUCACCAUUAUAUCAACUUUACUGUUCAGUAUCAGCUUCGUAAACCUCGUGAUUAGUGAUCUAGAAGUGGCUAAUGACUUCUACUGCGAUCAGCUGAUGGCCGUUGUGUUCUCAUUGUUUGUGCAUGUCACUAUCAAGUCCUACUUCUUCUUCUUGCACGUCAGAGCUGGUGAAGUGUUCGCCUCCACUACAGAGACAGCCUGGGUUCUAGCUCAUAUCUGCUACGAGCUUUUGCUGUUUAAGUUAAGCACGGAAGUUACUAACUCGGCUGAUGAAACAGGGCCCGUGAUCUGCAAAUUGAUAAAUAAAGAUGUGGACCCAAACUUAAGGAAAGAGCUUGAAGUGUUCCUACUGCAGUUGCCUCACCACCACGCAAGAUUCUCAGCUCGCGGGUUUUUCCAGAUCCACAACGAGACCCUCACAUCGAUGGCUGGAGCGGUGACAACUUACCUGGUGAUACUGAUCCAGAUCCAGACACAACCACCAUCUAAAAUAGAUUAA